GGGUUUUGAGUAAGCAAUCGCCUCUCCUUUUUAAGCCAUCUUCUUGCCAAACCCUAGCUUUCUCUUUGUCAUUCGAGCUCAGAGGCGCAGGAGGAGCCUUUCUGAUCUGCAAAUAUGGGUAUCUCUCGUGAUUCGAUGCACAAGAGACGUGCCACUGGUGGCAAGAAGAAGGCGUGGAGGAAGAAGCGAAAGUAUGAGCUAGGAAGACAGCCAGCAAACACUAAAAUAUCGAGCAACAAGACUGUUCGAAGGGUCAGGGUUCGAGGUGGUAAUGUGAAAUGGCGUGCUUUGAGGUUAGAUACAGGUAACUACUCUUGGGGAAGUGAGGCUGUCACCAGGAAGACACGUAUCUUGGAUGUGGUUUACAAUGCAUCAAACAACGAGUUGGUCAGGACCCAGACUCUAGUGAAAAGCGCAAUUGUUCAAGUUGAUGCUGCACCUUUUAAACAAUGGUAUCUUCAACACUAUGGAGUAGACAUUGGUCGCAAGAAGAAACCCGCAGCUACUGCUACCAAGAAAGAGGGAGAGGAGGCAGAGGCUGCUACCGAGGAGGCAAAGAAGAGCAAUCAUGUCGUGAGGAAACUGGAGAAGCGUCAAGAGGAGCGCAAACUUGAUUCCCAUGUUGAGGAGCAAUUCUCAAGUGGUCGUCUAUUAGCAGCAAUUUCAUCUCGCCCUGGCCAGUGUGGCCGAGCUGAUGGAUACAUCUUGGAGGGGAAGGAGCUUGAGUUCUACAUGAAGAAGCUCCAGAAGAAGAAAGGAAAAGGUGCUGCUUAGAAGCAUUUUGUCGUAUCGAGUUUGAAUUUAUAGAUUUUUAUUUCCUUAAACCCUGUGAAAGGCAUGGAACCGAAAUUUUGAUGUGUUAUGUUUGUUAAAAUGUGACUUUUUAUGAAUCUUUUAAGGGUUGAUUUAAUGUAAGCUUUACCCUACUUUUCAUCAAUACUGGUGCUAUUGGUUC